GGCGGGCGGAGUGAAAGCAUGACAGGCACGCGUUGUGAAAAUGAGAAAGGGAAGGAGGGAGAGGAUUGAGGAGCAUCCCUCUUUAUACGCCAUCUCACGCUUGGUGUGUACCCGAAAGAAAGUCCUCAUGGCCCUAUUCCCUUCCCCACCCUUGCAAUGUAAGCAAAACAGCAGCUCAAGUGCCGUUAUCAGACAAUAGCUUCGCACGUGCUGUCACGCCCCUCGCACGUGUACCUCCCAGACUUUGGUUGAAAUACAGGGAGAGGGGUGCUCUUAUUUCUUCAUUCUCUCUCGAUUGUGCUGUGUGCAUAAAUUCGCCAAUCCACCUUGUUGGGGGGUUAGCUUGAAGUACAGAGAAGAAUGGGGAGGCAACCUUGCUGUGAUAAAGUUGGCCUGAAGAAGGGGCCGUGGACUGUGGAGGAAGAUAAGAAACUCAUCAACUUCAUCUUAACCAAUGGCCAAUGCUGCUGGAGGGCAGUCCCCAAACUUGCAGGAUUGCUGAGAUGUGGAAAGAGUUGCAGACUGAGAUGGACGAAUUAUCUUAGGCCGGAUUUGAAGAGGGGUUUGCUGUCGGAGUUUGAAGAACAGAUGGUCAUAGAUCUCCAUGCCCAACUUGGCAACAGAUGGUCCAAGAUUGCCGCACAUUUGCCUGGCAGGACGGACAAUGAAAUAAAGAACCAUUGGAACACACACAUCAAAAAGAAGUUAAAGAAGAUGGGGAUUGAUCCUGUUACCCACAAACCCAUCUCCCCUCCCGGUGAUCAGCCUGACAGUGCUCAACCACCAAAGGAAGAGAUGGGGACUUCUUCCUGUUCUGCUACAUGCAAAGAUUCAAGCACAGGUGCCCAAAAUACCAUGACACACUCCUCCAUUUCCACGGUAACAGAGGAGGACAAAAGCAUCAGCAGUGAGCUGUUUGUGGAGUCCCCGUUUGUCCCCAUGGUUGCCAGUCUUCUUCCAACAGACUCUGCCAUUAAUCCGAUUUUCUGCACCGAUGAAGUCCCUCUCGUUGAGCCCCAUGAGAUUUUGGGGCCGUGCUCAAGCAAGUCCAUUGAUCCCACCUGUGCCACCUCCACAUGGAAUGACUACCUCGACUCGUACCAACCAGCAGCAGCAGCACCACCACCGUCUUCAUCAUCAUCCGUGGCCAUGAAUCAUGAAGACCUAAAAUGGAAGAACCAUGAAGAACUCUUCUUGCAGUUUGACAUGAUAGACAUGGGGAACAUGUUUCUCUGGCAGAGUCAAGAUAUUGAUGAUGUUGGCAUGUGGGGAAUGAACAUGCAGGCGAUAUCUUCCACUAUCGCUGAUGAAGAUGAGACGCUAGCAUUCGACCCUUUCAGUUUUCCGUAUCAGAGGACGUUUUUCGAAUUGGACCACACAUUAUGACCAUUACCAAGACAGCAUUCAUGCAUGUCCCUAGUGCUUCGUUUCUCUCUGUAAUAUGUGAAUGGUAAUAAGUGGAGGGGACGGGAAAUAGCAGGAAAGCGAAAGUGAAAAAGUACUUUAUCUUUUCAUCUGUCUGUUGUCUGUGCAGAUUGAAGCUUUUUUUUCUUCUUCUUUUCUUUUGUCAAAUAUCAUAAAUGUAGCGUUUACAUGAAAAGGGACUUGUUCUGUAAUAAGAAAAUUCGAGAUAGAUUUAAAUCUUUCAAACACUGUGUCCUC